ACCCGAGCCAGCAUGACAGUCCCUCCUUGCAAUUCCGCCCCCAUACUAUUCAUCCGGAAGAAAGACGGCGGGCACCGAAUGUGCACUGACUACAGAGCACUGAACAGGGUCACUAUCAAGUCGCGUUACCCUAUUCCGCGCGCCGAUGAACUGAUCGACCAACUUCGCAAAGCUCUCUUCUUCUCGAAAAUAGAUUUACGAGGGGGUUACCAUCAAAUUCGCGUAGUCGCAACUGACAGUCACAAGACUGCGUUUCGUACUAGGUACGGGAGUUUCGAGUAUGUAGUUAUGCCUUUCGGUCUAACGAUCGCCUUGACAACUUUUCAGAUGACCAUGAACCAGUUCUUCAGUUCGCUCGUAGAUAAGUUUGUUAUAGUUUACUUAGACGAUAUACUGAUCCACAGUGAGACCCGGGAGCAGCAAUUAAAGGACCUCGAAGCAGUUUUCACACUACUGCAGGAACAUCGGGUGCUCAUGAAGGGGUCUAAGUGCGAGUCUUUAAAGGGCCGCUUAGAAUUUAUGGGACACGUUAUUUCCCCCAAGGACGUUGAAGUGCACCCGCGCAAAAUCGAAACAGUGCAAGCUUGGCUACCGCCAAAGAACAUGCAGGAGCUGCAAAACUUUUUAGGGUUAGGAGAUUUAUCCCGAAUAUGGCGGGGAGCAAGCUGCCUUCUCUGCGCUAAAUUUUUUUAUGUCCUUGCCCUUGUCCUUCGCAUCGCCGAUCAUUACUGUCCAUUCGAAAUAAGCACAGACCCCGACGACAUAGCCAUCGGAGCAAUAAUGUUACAGGACUUCGGCAAAGGCCUACAGCCCAUCGCGUACGAGUCACGAAAGCUGCAUCCCCUCGAGCAAAACUAUCCGAUACACGACAAGGAAAUGCUAGCGAUUGUGCACGCUUUCAAAGUGUGGCGAUGUUACCUGACGGGUGCGGACGUGACAGUACGGACAGACCACCGAACCCUACAUUACAUUCGCGCACAGCCCCUACUCAACCCACGACAGAUUCGGUGGUUGGAUUUCAUGGAGUCCAACUUUCAUUACAUAGUCACCUAUAAGAAAAAGGCAUCACAUAUUGCAAACCCCCUUUCUCGCCCAUCCCCCCAACUCAACUCCAUAACCCUCGCCCAGAAUUUGCCGCUAUUAACAGGCCAUUUACUAACGGCAGCAAGCACCACUUUCCCAUAUGCAUGCUUGCACUCCACUCCACUACUUCCCAGCAAUGCGUUGUACAGUAAUCCGUUACAGUAUCUAGAUCUGCAUCUCCUCCGGUCGCAUCGCAACAUGGAUCGAGUAAGGCUAAGCGCGAAGCGGCUGCUCCUACUAUCCGUCCUGCUCCCUGCGCUCUUCCUCUCCUACUCCGUCUUCUCGCCGUCCCCAGUCAUCGAGACAAACGCAGAUCCCCAGAAAGUGGUGUCCCCGGGUUCGCGGAAGCUUCACAUCGCAUCGGACGACGAGGAUUCGUCGGAGGGUAUAGCCGACAUCGUGAAAUCCGCAAGAAAGCAAGAUUCCGCUGUUAUUCUGACAGAGGUCGAGGCGAAUUCGAGCGAGGAUUCCGAAAAAGACGCUGGAGAGAAGGCGCCGGCGAAAGGCGAGAGCAAGGCGGAAGCUUUGGAGAAGAAAGUCGAUUCCGCCGGGGAGAGCGACCAGGGCGGCUCGAAAAAGGGUCAAACGGAUUCGUCUGGAGAUGCGAGGAGCGAGAAUUCAGCUGCAGCGAAGGCAGACGCUGGCAAGGGUGACGCGACUGCAAAGACAGUGUCUGUGCCGGAAAGCGUGUAUCUCCUACGACCUAAAGUUUCAGACUGGGAUGCGAAGCGGGCAGCGCACAUAGCGUCGAACCCGGGGUGCAACCGGACCUCGCAGGGCAAGCCGCGCGUGAUGAUGGUGACAGGGUCCAACAGCAAGCCGUGCGGCGAGCACGGGGAGAGCGACUUCCUUCUCCUCAAGUUCCUCAAGAACAAGCAGGACUAUGCGCGAAUGCACAACCUCCCCAUCUUCUACGGGCUGGGCGCCAUGAACCAGCACUUCCCGUCCUUCUGGGUGAAGAUCCCGCUGCUUCGCAUGCUCAUGCUCAAGUACCCGGAGGUCGAGUGGUUCUUCUGGGUGGACUCGGACGCCAUGAUCACAGACAUGGCAUUCGAGUACCCCAUACAUGAGUACUCGUCCUACACCAUGGUCCUAUCCGGCUUCCCAGAUACGCUCUUCAAGCAGAGGGACUGGGUGGCGAUCAACACUGGCAUAUUCUUCAUCAGAAACUGCCAGGACGGGUUGGACUUCUUGGACGACUGGUCAACGUUCGGCAGCAGUGAGGCAGUGCGCUCGCAGUGGGGCACCGUGGCCAGCCAGACACUCAAUGGCCGCGCCGAUUGGCCAGUGGAUGAUCAGACGGCUCUGGUACUGCUGCUGCUGGGAGAGGGGGAGACCCCUGAGAGCAAGACGAAGGGCGUGACACCUCGCAAGGACAAGUGGCUCCCGCGCAUCUCGAUCGACUGGCGGACAACCCUGCAUGGCUACUGGGUGUCCUUCAUUGACAAGUUGGAGGAGAUUCAGAGCAAGCAGCACAACGGGCAGGGCAACUGGGAGUGGCCGUUCACAGUGCAUUUCGUGGGCUGCAAGCUGUGCACGCGCGAGUCAGCGGAUUACGACCCUACCGUGUGCAACAAGGGCAUCCACCGGGCCUUCGCGUUUGCUGAGAAUCAAGUGCUCACUGAGUUUGGGUUGCACCAUGCUAACUUGAGUGAGUCAGCUAUCUCGCUGAUUCAAGGAGAGUGACCGUUCAAUUACAACACAUGCUGCUCAAUUGAAACACACGCCAAGGCGUUCUCGGCUUGUAUCAAGUGUAUCUUCAUUCAAAAGUGGCUGCAAGGAAAUUGAUUGAAGGGGACAUUGUAAGGCCCUGCCAUAAGGGUU